AUCGGAGAACUGAAGCUCAAACAAGGACACGCAGUUCUGCUCCAGGAUUCGGCAGUGGCUUCGUCUCGGCAGGGCAAGGUUAGCUUCGCGCGACCACUCUAUUUCCUUGUAAUAUUUGAGCUGUGUUGUGGUCACAAGUCGCUCAGAUUAGGAUGAGUGUCACAACUUACCCACAAAGAUUUCACAUACCCUAUUGCCUUGCUGUGGCCACCGCCGUUUCCGUUGUCUACGGGGAACCGAUGAUGGCUGCCGGAGCUCCGCUGUCGUCAGUUUGGUGGAAGGUGACGGCUGGUCUUCGGUGGCUAAACUUUAGAAAGAGCAAAGAAGGUCUUUUUUUGUUGGAACUUUAAAAUAGACCUUGUCAAUACCGGUAAGAAAAUCUUGCAAUACAUAGGGUGUGUUCCUUUUAUUAAAAGAGCUUUUUGCGAAAUUAGUUUUUCCGGACUUUCGCAUGAUUUGUUGAGAAUAAUUAAUCAACAGAAAUAUGGUCAAAGAAAACACACUUUAAAUUAGGAAAAUGAAUUCCUAGUUCUGCACGGAGGUAAUGAUUUUCCUAAGCAUAACAAAGUCUCUUGCCAUAGUAGCUUUUCACUAAGAUAGAGUUUUAUAUAUUUUUUUUCAGCAUAUCAGCAAACAAAUGAAAUUGAAAAUGAUUUUUAUUAAAAACCAUUUUCACUAUAGGCGAACAAACAAAUUAGCAUGAUAUAAAAAUUUUAUGUAAAAUUCCAUAAAAUACGAUAAAAAUAGCAUCAGGCAAGGAAUGAUCCCCUCGGUCCGUCAUUGUACCUGUUCUUUUCCGUCUGUCUAAGUUGGAUCUAUUAGUGGACAUGCUUUUACUUUCCCCGCUAUUACAUAUACUUUGCAAAAUGCCGAGGAACAUAGGAAUUUAUAUCGGACGUCCAGGUAUACGUUAUAGAGAGCAAUUAUAGUUGAUGGGAUUACUCAGUGUGGCAACUGGCACAACUCGUCCGUCUUUUAUUUCUGCAUCCCCUACUACUUUUAAUGUUCUCCUCAACCUAGCUGGAAGAUCAUUGCCCAUCAUAGCGACGUGAACUUACUGUAUUGGACGCCGAAGACAUCACAAUCGAGAUGAAGGCAAAACAUCAUUGUGCAACUGACCAUUUAGUCGGGAUAGAUGAUCAAGUGGAAGCCAUAAUGGACUUGUUGGACUAUGACUUUGGUUGUGCACGGUGUCUUGGAAUUCAUGGCCCAGCUGCUAUUGGAAAGACAACCCUUGCCAAGGCUCUCUUCGACCAGCUCAUUUCUAACUUUGAUUGGUAUUGCUUCCUACAAGAUGUCCGUGGAUCAUCCCACCGCCAUGGCCUAGUAUUUCUGCAAAAGAAGCUGCUAUUCGACAUCCUCGAUGAAACUAAGUCUAUGAUUGAUAUUGAUGACAUUGAUGAUGAAAGGCCUAUGGAUGACAUCAAUGACAUUGACGAUGGAAUGAUGGUCAUUAGGAAAAAACUGCAUGGUAAGAAGGUUCUAAUUGUUCUAGAUGAUGUGGACCAUAGGGAACAGUUUGAGAAACUAGUUGGCAAGAUCAAUUGGUUAGGUACGGGAAGUAGAGUUGUAAUUACAACAAGAAACAAAAGUAUCGUAGAGAGUGGAGAGAAAACCAUACUUUAUGAAUUGAGAGAAAUAAAUUAUAAUCAAGCUCUUCAGCUUUUUAUAAAUCACGCAUUCAAAGAAGAAUCUCCUAGAGACGAUUAUUAUGAUAGACUUUCAAGGGAUAUUGUUUCCACCAUUGGAGGACUUCCUUUGAUCAUUAAGGUCAUAGGUUCGUUUCUUCAUGGAAAGCAUGAAACUAUAUGGAAAGAUACACUAGAAAAGUUAAGGAGCAUUGAUAAUAAAGAUGUCCGCCAGAUGUUGAAAAUCAGCUUUGACGCCUUAAAUUUCAAGCAAAAGCAGAUUUUUCUUGAUAUUGCAUGUCUUUCCUUCCAUGAGGAGGAGAUUAAUGCAUCUUACAUGUGGGAAGAUUGCAACUUUUUUCCACAAAUAGAAAUUGAAGUCCUCGGUUCUCUAUCAUUGAUACAUAUCAGAGAGAACGGUGGGUUAUGGAUGCAUGACAUGCUAAAAGACCUAGGGCGCCAUAUUGUCCAUGAGGAAAACUUGGAUCCAAGAAAGCGUAGCAGAUUGUGGAUUUCUGAGGAAGCUAUGGACGUUGUGAAAACAAGAGAGAAUAAAGGAAAUAUUGAAGCACUCAGUCUAACUGGAGAUCCUACUCUAGUCAUAUUUACUGAUGAAGAUUUCAAAAGGCUGCCAAAUCUAAGAUUCCUUGACUUAGAUGGGUGGAGCUUUAUUGGAGACUUUACUGAUCUCUUUUCAAAGUUGAGAUGGUUUUCUUGGUGCUAUUGUCCUCCAGAUUUACUCGCAACCAAUCUAUUCCCACAAAACUUGGCUGUCCUCCGACUCUCUAAAUUUAACAACGCCAAUGAUUGGGCGGGAUGGAGCCAAAUUAAGAAGCUUCACAAUUUGAAAGUUCUACAGCUGAUAUGUCUAAACAUAGGAAAAAUCGAAUUGUCCGGGUGCUUAACUCUGGAAAGAUUGAUAAUAAAAGAAUGUCGAGAACUGAUUCAAAUUGAUCGCUCCAUUGGGAAACUACAACAACUGAAUUUCUUGAGUAUUGAGGGUUGCCACCGACUAACAGAUCUCCCUCGCGAAUUUGGCCUGCUGGUGAAGCUAAGGCACUUGUCUUUGAGUCACUGCUCAAACUUACUGAAACUCCCAAACUCAAUUGGAGAGCUCAAAUCAUUGAUCGAAUUGGAUUUAUCGUACACGUCAAUCGAAGGAUUACCUUAUUCUGUUGGAUAUCUUGUGAAUCUCGAGUCUUUAUCUCUUGCGGGAUGCACAGAGAUAAGGGAACUUACCCAUUGUAUCGGAAAACUAGAGUCUCUGAUUGAAUUGGAUCUCUCGUUCACGCGCAUCAAAGAGGUACCUUCAUCAAUUGGGUUGGCAAAGAAGCUUGAAGUGAUACGCGCUAGAUGUUAUUGGAUGGUGGGCGAAGUUUCAAGCGAAAUUGGAAAGUUGGCCUGUUUGAGAAUCCUAGAUCUAUCAGAGACUGACAUUCGUCUAGUGCCAGAAACAAUUGUUGCGCUCCCUCUCCUAGAAAAACUGAUCCUCAAGAAUUGUGAUAAGCUGCAAGUGUUGCCCUCACUUCCUCCAAGUUUGACUCAUCUAUUUGUUAGCUCUCUGUCCUUACAGUCUAUUCCAGAUCUCUCAAACCUGACUACUCUAGUUGAUCUUCUCUUAUCGGAUAACCAUGAUUAUCUAUCAAUGUCUUCGUCGAGCCUAAUUGAAACCUAUAACAUAGAGUGCAUUGGGAAUUUAUCCAAGUUGGUAAAUUUGGAGUUGUGCUUUCCAAACAUUAUAGUGUCGGCAACUUCAUUGGGUUCCCUUUCUCGUCUAAAGAAACUUUCCAUGUCUGGCCUCCAACACCCAGAAUUUCUCAUGCAAACACCUAAACCAGCAAUGCAGGGAAAUCUCAGCUCAAUAACAUCUUUCCCAGAUUUAUCCAACCUGAGAAAUCUAGUGAGUUUGAAGCUCUGUCGCUCUCGGGACAAGGAGAUCCAUCUCGGCGGACUAGAGAAGUUGAGACAUCUAACUGUCCACCAAUGUCCUGUCCUUGAAAGAAUUAUAUUCUCCACGUCAGGCCUGGAGAAUCUAAAAGAAUUGGAACUACGUGACUGCCCGAUGUUGAGAGAGAUUUGUGGUCUUGGGGCAUUGGAAACAUUAGAGAACCUGAAGGUGGAGCUCUGUCCGUCAAUUAGAAGGUUAAAUGAUCUGUCAAGAUUGCAAAAGUUGAUGGAACUGAAAAUCGAACGAUGUCAUUCCUUGGAUUAUUGGACAAAUCCAUCGGACACAAUGAUCCCAGAUGAAUGUCAAAUUGUAAUUGAACGUUGCCCGCAGCUAGGCGAAACUCCUUGGUGGGGCAUGUUUUAUAAGGAUUACAGAGAUGAGACUCUUGGACAGAUCACGACUGGUUCAGACACGUCCACAUCUGACAGAAUGGAGAAGGUGGCUAAAACGGCAGACGACAGACAAGUUGCCAGUAUUGGACAAGGCAGCGGAACUGAUGAUCAAUUAAAGCAGAUCAUGAGCUUGAUGAAUAUUAAUAAUGACAAGGAUGAGCGGAUCAUUGUUGUCAUCCAUGGAGAAGGUGGGACUGGCAAGACGACUCUCGCAAAACUCAUAUACAACCAAAUCUCUUGUGAUUUUGAUGGGUGUAGCUUCCUUGCUGAUAUUAAAGAAGCGACUCAAGUAGUAGGAGGGCUUCAGCUUUUGCAAACUAAAUUGAUUUCCGAUGUUCUAAAACGGGAACUUGAGGAUGUUGCUUUUGUCAACAGGGGAAUGGAGUUUAUCAGGGACUUAUUUUGCAACAUGAGAGUUUUGAUUAUCCUUGAUAACGUGGAAAAUGCGUUUCAUGUCCAGAAACUCAUCGGAGAUUGCUUUGAUUGCUUUGCUUCUGGAAGUAGGAUCCUUGUAACCACCAGAAACAGUGUCGUCCUGGAAGAAUCUCCUCAGAUCCGGACAUAUCAUGUGAGUCGUUUGAAUAAGGAUAAGGCUUUUCAACUCUGUAGGCAGUAUGCAUCUAUGAUGACUUCGUCAUUACGUAGCAACUUCAAUCUUUCGGAAAGUGCUCUUAUUGUAAUGGCAGGACGCCUAUUGUUUAUUGAAGUUAUGGCUGCAGUCUUCAAUGGUAAAACGCAGGAGGAAUGGAAUGACUUACUAGGGCGGCAAUGGUCACCAUUCAGGCAGUGGGAUUUUCAAAGAAUUUUAAAGGAAGGAUAUCAAACAGUAGAUAAUAAGCAGAAACAGAUAUUUCUGGAUAUUGCCUGCUUGGCUACUGGCAUAGAUAGCCGAAUUGCUUGGUACCUGUGGGAUGACACCUCUUUUCUGCCUUCUAGUGAAAUUGUGAGACCCCUAGCUAAAAUUGGAGAAAACAAUCAGAUAUGGAUGCAUAGCAUGUUGAGGCGAUUUGGCAGAGAAAUCGUUUGUUGGGAGAGUCUUACUGAUCCAGGAAGGCGAAGUAGAUUAUUUAAUCAUGAAAUAGCUCUCGAUACGAUAAAGCGGAAAAAGGGAACAGAAAAGGUUGAGGCACUCUGCCUUAACUUUCAGCGCCAUACUUCGGACAAACUUACUCCAGAAGAUUUUGAGAGCAUGGCAAACCUACGGUUUCUUCAAUUGGAUCAUGCAGACAUUGCUGGAGAUUUCACUAAAAAUUUUCUAAAUUUAAGGUGGCUCCGUUGGCGAGGGUGCCCUCAACAUCUGCAAGUAACUAAUUUUCACUUGGGAAACUUAACCAUUCUCGACUUGUCAUGGAGCAAAGUCACGAAAGGCUGGGAAGGCUGGGAUCAGAUAGAGAUGAAGAACUUGAGAGUUCUAGAUCUUACAGGUUGUGCUGACUUAUUAGUCACUCCCAAGUUCUCUGGCUGCAAAAAUCUGGCCAUAUUGAUUUUGGAGCGAUGUUCUCAAUUGGUCAAGAUAGAUCAUUCCAUCAGCGAUUUGAAGUGCUUGGUCUCCCUGAAUUUGAAGUUCUGCGUAGAGCUCAGCAGGUUGCCGGUAGAAGUGGGUCACCUAACAGCUUUGAAAGAGCUCCUCAUCGACGGGACUUCAGUACAAGAAAUUCCCAUCUCCAUUGGUCAUUUAAAGCAGCUGGAAACUCUGACUGCCUCAAACUGCUUCUCAUUGAGUCAACUACCCAGAACAGUAUGUCACAUGACAAAUAUCAUACUUCUUUCCCUGGAUGGCUCCAGGAUUGCAGCACUUCCUGAUUCCAUUGGAGAACUAGUCCGUCUUAAACACUUGUCAUUAAGGGAUUGCCGUCGACUAAGGGAACUUCCAAGCUCCAUUGGCAACAUAGGAAGAUCAUUAGUCGAGUUAGACAUGUCGGGGACAAGGUUGUCCAAGUUUCCAGAUUCGAUAAAAAAUCUGCAGAAUUUGAAGGUGCUGAGAAUGGAUUCUUGUUUCUUUACUGAGUUCCCUCCUGAUAUUGGAGAGCUGACCAGCCUCAAAGAGAUACACGCCUCCUGGUGUCGAAGUAUCGAGGGGGCCAUUCCUAACAACAUCACGAAACUGCAUAAUCUGAGAAUCUUGAGGCUGCGACAUUCGAGAAUUUCGAGCAUACCAACAGAGAUCCACCAACUUUCCAAACUUCAAAUCCUCGAUUUACUUCACUGCAACAUGAUCAAAGAGUUGCCCAGACUUCCCUCUAGCAUAACGGUUUUGUAUGUAGAGGAUGAACUUGAGUCAUCGCAUCUGCCAUAGCUAGAAAAGCUAUGACAAUGUGAUGAAGACUAGGCUCCAAAGACCUUUCCAUUUACUUCAUGUUUUCAUUCCAAAUUUGAAUAUGAAUAUCACCAAGAA